UAUUCCCAUUCUUCGCCGAUCAUUGGUUACAUAUAAUUAUUCAAUACCGAUUCUAUUUCAGUAGUUCAAUUUUAAAAUGUAUGUAAGAAAAGGAAUAAAAAAUGUUGAUGCAUAUAUAGAUAAGAUUUAUUGCAGGUCAAAAUAUUGUACGUUCAAAUUGUAUAUUCAUAAGAACAUCUCGUGACGUCAAGUUUUAAAGGUUAGUGUUGUGCGUACGUUUAAAGUAUCUGGUUGCGCUUUCUAAGAAGAAAGUUCUUUGCAGACUUUUGAUUGAACUUGACAUCGCUGUGAAAUCGUUCUUUUCGUUAAUUUAUUGUAUGUGUAUAUUGCAUCAUAUACAUUAAAAAAAUAUUGUAUAUGUAUGGUAUUUUUAAAUUUUGAAAAAUAUUUCAAGACAAUAUAUUAUUGUGAUGGCUAAAAUAAUAAAAAGUGUAUGUUCUGCUGCAUGUCAUAUAAAAUCUUCGAUAAAAAAUUUUGGGAGUAUGCAAGCAGCUCCUCUGCAGCAAGCUGCUUUAGAGGAACGUUGCAUUUUGGUGGAUGCGUUAGAUAAACCUCUUGGUGAAGCUACCAAGCGAGAUUGUCAUACGGUUAAUGCAGAUGGACAAGUUCCUCUUCAUAGGGCAUUCAGUGUGUUUUUGUUUAAUGGUAAAGGAGAAUUACUACUUCAAAAGCGAUCUGCUAGUAAGAUAACAUUUCCAAACCAUUAUACAAAUACGUGUUGUAGUCAUCCCUUAUCUGAAAUUCCUGAAGAAACAGAAGAACAGGAUGCAAUUGGAAUACGUAGGGCAGCACGAAGAAGGCUUAAUUAUGAAUUAGGAAUCCCUUUGUCACAAAUUCAUUUAUCAGAUUUUCUGUAUCUAACAAGAAUUCAUUAUCAUGCAGUGAGUGGAUGUUGGGGUGAGCACGAAAUAGAUUAUGUGCUGUUUAUGCAAAAAGAUAACAUCACAUUAAAUCCGAAUCCAGAUGAAAUUAGUGAACUUCAUUGGGUAUCACAAUCCGACAUUAAUCAGUUUGUAAAAAGUAUUAAUUCUCCGUUAAGUCCUUGGUUUGAAUUAAUUCUUAAUCAUAAAUUGCCACUUUGGUGGGAUAAUUUAUAUACUUUAGAAAAAAUACAGGAUCAUAAUACGAUACAAAGAUUCAUAUGAAAUUUUUAUAAAUUUUAAAAGCAAAUGUGACAAAAUUAAAUAAAGUUUUGUAAAUUUAUGUUUUAUAUUAUUUGAUUAUAUGUGUCAAAAAUAUUUUAUGGCUGGUAAUUAUAGAACUAAUGCAUAAUAAUAAUAAAAAAACUAGAAUAUAAAGGUUUUGAAAUAAAAUGUAAAUUUGAUAAGUCAUAUAAAUACACUUUAUUUAUUAACAUAAUAUAGUGUACAUACAAAGUAAGAAGAUGUGUCACAUGAAAACCAAUUUUAUAAUUAUGAAAUAAAAGAUGAAUGAAAUAUUUUUAAAUCAUUCUUUUUAUUGUAAUUAUAUGUACAGGUAAGGAAGUAUACGUGGUUUGUAUAUCUAGAUACCAAAGUUACAUUAACUUGUAAUUACAUAAUUUUUUAUUUCCUUAUGUACCUGUUUAUUACAUUCGAAAUCCGUUUAGCAGUUGCUUUUAUAAAAGAAAUAUAUCUUUGUUUAUUUAUUGAACAUAUGUAUCUAUGUUUAUAAUAUAUAAACAGAAAAUAUAUUUGAGCAUUGAUAGCAUAUUAUAGUAGUCUUUUAAUAUUAAGAGGAUAUGUGUUAUUUAAUUCUUCCUCACUUAUUUUUUUAACACAUGUAUUUAUGAUUGACGAAAAUAAAGAAUACUAAA